CUCACAGACUGUUAGGCGGUCGUGUUAACGUUACUCUUUGUGUGUACGCGAUAUUAUCACGAAUAUAUUUAUGUGUCGAACGUACAAACUUACAUGUAUAGAGUGAAGGAUUAGAUGUGAUAUGCACUGUGAAGUGACGCUCAGCUAAGUGCCGUUUGAUGGUUAUUUGUGAGGCAGAUAGAGAGAAGCAUUCAUGAUUCAGGAAUCACAUACGAGUAGUGCAGAUAGAUGGAAUGGGCGGGGGCCAGAGCACAACAUGGCGCUCCAGCAAAUUCUCAAGCUUCAGGAAGCGAGGGCAUUACACAAAACAUCUCUUCUUCCAAUCUACAAAAAGAACGGAUUACCUUCACCCUCUGAUGCCAGACAAGAUUACGAAAACAGUAGAUCAGAGAAAAAGUCUGAAACUUCAGACACUCGAGCACUAGACCAAUUAAAAUUAGAUGCCGAAUUCAGAAAACUGAUGGAACAAACGGGCAGAGAUCUUCGUAAUGAAGAAUCAUUAAAAUAUAUCCAGCACAUGAUGGAAGCAAAACAACAUUUUGAGUAUUUAAAAUUAAUUCAAGAUAAAGAUAGUAAAAGUCCUGUCGAAGAAGAUAAAGUCGAAAGCAAGAAGGAAGUUAUGUCACCUACAAAUAAAUCACCUAUACAUAGACAGUCACCACAAGAUAAAAUGUCUUCAGCCGAAGCAUCACCCAGUCGUAGCGUUCACCUAUCUACCUCAUCCAGCCCUCUUUCGACCACUAGUCCUGUACACUCAUCCCCAUUAAGUCAUCUUCAAAACAUGCAACCAUUUGAUUUUCGUAAAAAUAAAACUACAGAAGAUAUUGGAAAAGAAGAUAUUAGAAAAAGUAGUUACGAAAUGAGCUCAACGGAAAAAGUUACUAUGGAUUUAAUGCGCAGUCAAUUUUUUAAUUUUUCUCUACCGACAAAUCUACCAAUACCGCCGAUAUCAAUGCCUUCUACCUUUAACCACCCCGCCGCUAUGGUAGCUGCUUUAAGUCAAAAUCCAAUGGGAUUAGCAUCAUUGCAAGCGUUAUUACCUCAAAUGUCAGGAAAACAGGUGGAAAAUCUUGAAAACAAUCAUUCGAUAAACUCUAAUAACAUUAGAACAGAGAACUUAAAACCAAAUGAAGAAAAUGCGCUUAAUUUAACUAAAGAUUCAUAUAGUGAAACUGCUACUGCCCAAAAUUCACGAAACCUGUUACUAGGUAAAUGUAUAAGCCCACCCAAAAGACAAUGGGGUACAUCGCAAAUACCUCUAAACUUAGGCACUCAUUUCAUAAAUCCCGCUACCGGUAAGAAGAGAGUUCAAUGUAAUGUAUGUUUGAAAACUUUCUGUGAUAAAGGUGCUUUGAAAAUACAUUUUUCAGCAGUUCACCUUCGAGAAAUGCAUAAAUGCACUGUAGAAGGCUGUAGUAUGAUGUUUAGUUCUAGAAGAUCUAGAAAUCGACAUAGCGCUAAUCCUAAUCCGAAACUGCAUUCUCCACACUUAAGAAGAAAGAUUUCUCCGCAUGACGGAAGAAGUGCGCAAGUUCAUUCAGUGCUUCUUUCACCACAUGGCACUAGACUAGGUAUACCACCAGUUAUGAAUCCGAUGCAUCCAUUUGGAUCAUAUCCACUUUUAAAUGCACCUCAUAAUGUAAGACAAUUUGCUCCCAAUGUAUCUUUAGAGUACAAAAAUAAUUUGGGAAUUAAUUUUUCGCCAUCGACUGACCGUACACAUACAAUGAAUCAAACGUCAGAUACAGGAGAGAAUAAGGACCAAGACGGUCAAACUGAAUCCGAUGAAGAUGAUGGAAUUGUUGUCGUAACUGGAGAUGAUGAUGAUGAAGAUCCUGACCAUAUUGAUACUAGUGAUUAUUCUUCAAAUCUCAAUAAAUCAAAUGGCUCUGUAGAGGAUUCUGAGACAGACUAUGAUCAAAGAAGUGUUAGUGAUAACAAUGAAUGUACAGAUAAUAGGAAAGAAACAGCUAGUCCAGAAAUUAUGAAACGAAAACGUAAGAAUUUAAAUCCCACUCGACUUCAAAAUGUUCCAGAGGACACUACUAACGAGGAACUAAAGGAACACAACGAUAAAGCAAAUGAAAAUUUAGCAGACAUUAAAAGAGUUAAACUUGAAAAUUGUAUAAUAAAUGAAAACACGGAAAAGCAUUCACAAGAUAAAUGUAGUGAAAUAAAAGUGAAGCAAGAAUUCUCAGAAAUAAAAGAUGAAACAGAGCCAAGAUACAAUCCACAAGACUUACGAGUGAAACAAGAACCAAAUGAAAAUUCUGAUAUUUAUAAACAACACGAAGAAAAGAAAUCAAACGAUGAACAAUACUCCUCUGAAAAUGCAUUGAAGCGAUUAGAAAGUUUAUCAAGGGGUGACUUUCCGAAUAUCGCUAGAAAACCUGAUUCACAUCCUUUAGGACCUUAUAACUUAUCUAUAAAUGAUUCUGUUGAUUAUUCUGACAGAUCUCCAACUUCAUCAGUAUCAAGUUUUGAUUACACGUCAGAAGAUUCUCAAGGUCAAAUAUAUGGGCAUUUGGAUAAUGGGUUCUUUAUUAGCUCAACUGAUAUCCCAAUGGAUCACGAAAAUCCACGGAAAUGUACUGUCUGUGGCAGAAUAUUUCAAAAUAUAUAUAUAUUAAAAACACAUUACCAAAAUGCGCAUUUAAAACUUAUGUAUAAAUGUAAUAUUGAAGGCUGCAGAGCUGCUUUUCCCUCAAAACGAGGUAGAGAUCGUCAUAGCGCAAAUGAUAGUCUACACAGGAAGAUAAUGUCAUCAGAAGAAAUGAGAAUUCAUGACGAUACUCCAUUAAGAAUAAUGGAGAAAGCUCGUGAGCAAAUGGAUUUGAUCGCCAGGUAUAAUGAAGAUGAACGUGCAAUCCCGUACAUUGAAUCGCAUAAGUAUUACGGAGCAAAAGAGUCCGAUAAACUAAAAAAUCAACUUAAUCAUCAUAUACCUUUUAGUCCUCCGUAUCCACCUUUACAAUUACCUGAUGCUUACUUGGCUAACAGAGAUAUGUUUGCGCAGCAUCCUUUUCUUUUUACACCUUUUAGCAUGUUACCAAACUUUCCACCAAUACCUCUGGGUUUCUUUCCUCCAAAUUUAAGCGCUUUUGGGUAUCAUAAUCAAAAUUAUUCUCCUUCGUCAACGAGAAAACUAAGUUACUGCGUAGAGGAUGAGGCACCAAGGCCGAAUAAAGAUGGAAGUUAUCCGUGUAGAGGUUGCCGAGAGUGUUUUAAAGAUUUAUCCAGUUUGAAGAUUCAUUGCGAAACCGUCCACUCGCAAUCUUUGUACCGGUGUACACUGAAUGGGUGCAACGCGGCAUUUUUCUCAAGAACUAAAAGAAGCAUUCAUUAUGAGUCUCACAUUAAUUCUAGGAGACAAAACGGUAGACGGAUUCACGACUCUUCGUGACCUAUAUAGACUAAUCGUGACUGAACUAAGUCGAAUCUCGUAAUGCAUUUGUGAUGUUAUAUAAAACAACCAAAUAGUAUGUAACUAGUUACUUUGUUACACGCCAGUACCUUUUAAUUCUCAUAGAAACUUUAAGAUUGGCGCCGUGUAUGCAUUUCGUGUAAUGUUAUUUAGAUAGUGACGUCUGAAUUAGAGUCGAGUUAGUUAUAAUUUUUUUUUUUUUGUAAUUUGUAGAAAUCUAUCCAACUCUAUUAAUUGACGAUCGAUUAUUAUUAAAUAAAUAUAAACUAUUGAUUAAACGUGAUUUAUUCCACCUAAUAGUUAUUAUUUAUGAAUAGAAUUUCAUUUUAAUUGGAGCUAGUUAUUCAGAAAAAAGUUGUUUCUUGCUUACAUUUUUUAAUAACAUAAAGGCCAACGAACAUGUAGCUCACCUAAGUACCUAAGUAAGUGACUAUCGUCGCCAAUGAUCACCUACAACACAAAAGGCAUUGCAGGUGUGCUGCCAGCCUUUUAAAAACGAAAAUGCUUUUUUCUUGGUUACGAUGUCGUAUCGGUUCGAAAGUACUGCUGCUGGAAGUUGAUUCCAAAGAGUGGUUGUGCGUGGAAGAAAGUGCCUUGAAAAACGCACGGUCGAAGACCGCCACUAUUCCAAAUGUUAAAGAUGAAACUUUAGUUUGUGACGGGUUAUACGGUGGUGAAAAUCAGCAAUAGGUAUAAAUCCAAACAAUUCCUCAGAGCACUCCUCAUGAUAAAUUCGGUAUAAGAUGUACAGAAAUGCAACAUUUAACCCAAGUAAUGACUGUUUCCUGCGUAACUACAUAGCUCCAAUUAUUCGCUGGUAUAGUGUGCUCGUACGUAUUUAUUAGACAAAUAUUUUAAUUUACUACAACAAAACACUGCGUCCUAUGUACAUAUAGUAAUAUUUAGUUGAACGUUCUUCACAUAAGAAAAUAUAAAUAGUUUUCAGUGUUUGUAUUAGUAAAUUAUUAUGUAAAGUUCAACAUUCCAUAGUAAUAACGGUGCAAUAACUAUGUAAAUAUUAAAAUAAUGUACAAAAUUAUGGCUAAAUUGUUCAACAGUUGCUUAUAGUAUAAGAUAUUCUCAAGUAUUGAUUUGAGAAUUACAAAUAAGUGUAAAUAUAAUUUUCUCCGCUUUGAAUCUGAAUUUUUUCAUAAUACUAUUUGUUUCAAUACAUAUAUGCACUCCAGAGUGUACUUACAGAAUAUAUAGGUACCAAUGUUUUAGU